GGCUGAUGGCACACCACACCGUUCAGGCAACUGUACAAAGGACCAAGUAUACGACAGCGGAUAACGACGACGCUAUCUCACACCAUGAAGGUAUCCGUCUGUCUGCCUAUCGAUUCAUGUAUCGUCUGCAGCAGUGAUGCCCAUGAAAGGUGUGAGCUCCGUUGUGUGUAGCCACGGGCACCAGCGGCUGUCCGGUUCCACGCCCUCAGCUGCGCACUCAGCAGCUCACAACUUACACGAGCUGGUCACUGUUUUGGACACGGUAACGACCCCAGUCAAAUAACAUCACCCUUCCGCAGCCCCGCCGUCCUCCUCUCCGUCGCCAUCAGCCGUGCCUUGAUCGCGAUUGGCAGAGGAGGGCGGCGGCAGCAUAGACAGAAAAGACGGACGGCCACUGCGCGGAUGAGACGGCGCUGAUUCACUCGCAGCGGCGGCAGCAGCCGGCUUCUCGACAUCGACUGGCAGAUAGCUCGUGUCGAUGGGAAUCAUGGAAUCAUCUUCAUCCUUCUCCUCGCCGAAGUCCAGUUCUUCAACAUCAGCAGCAUUUUCUUGCCUGUCCUCUGGCUCCCUCGGCUGGUCCUCCUCCUCCUCGCGCUGCCUCUUGCGCGUGCUCCUGACGCCAGGCCGAUAGGUGGGUCUUGGGAUGUUGGGGUGGCGGGCGUACUCUGCUGCCCAGGGGUCAGCGAAGACGCUGUCCACCGCAUGGGAAGGCAGCGAGCCGUGAGAGGAGCAGCGAGCGGAGGGGGUGAAGGGCCGACGGCCGCCACCUGAUCCCACAAUAGAGCAACAGACCGACAGUCCCGCACGUGCUGUGCGUAUGUGUCACUCAUCUGGUUUGGCGACUUACGAGUCAUUCCUCUUCCUCCGCGGCCACCUCUGUGGCCUCUGAAGCCUCCUCUGCCCCGACCAUCCCCACCUCUGCGUCGGAACCCACGCUCUCCCCGUCCGCCGCGGCCGAACGAUAUCUCAAAAGAUGGCUGAAGAAUCAUUGGCGGAGCGUGGCUCAUCUGGGGUGGGAAAGCAGGAGCACCAGCCAUGGC